AAGAAGCAUAAAGAUGUGCUUCAGAAUUCACCAGUUUUAUAGUCUUUGUUAGCUUGUUUGGAUUAGGAGGUGAAGUUUUUCGUCUGUGGGAAGUUCAAGUGCUGAUAAGAAGGGCUUUAUGUGCACACCUCUGUCCCCUCAACCGCCAAGAGUCAUUAAUGAGAAUGAGGAGGAAAAGAAAGAAGACAAAGACACAACACAGAGCUCUGAAUCAGCAGAUGCUACGAUGUCUUUAAAUAUAAAUAAUGCUAACAAUUAUCAAAAGAAUACAACAAAGCAAACGACUCCUGAUACUGGUUUUACUAGUACAGAAGACCCAAUAAUGGAAAACGCUACAGUGCCCCCUGGUGGUCAGGAUAUUCCAAGUGUGGCUGUAGGUGUGUGCGUUUUAAGCACAGACACACCAUCAUCUGAAAGCCCAAAGCAAGAUGUGGCGUCAGCUGGCAAAGCUAAAGAAGAAGAUCCAGAUAUAGCUGAAGGACAGGACUUAACAUGGGAUGUAAAUGCCACUGUCAGCACAUCACAUUGUGCUGGAGGAGGUAAAGAAGUAUCUCUGGAAUGCGGUGUUAUCCAGACAGCCGAGGCUGAAGUGAUCUACGACGACGUGGCGGCCGAGUAUCUGUGCCCAGGAGCGGGAGACAUGAUCUAUGAGGAUGUACAAAGAGAGGAUGUUCCUCCGGGGCCCAACAAUGGCCUGAGCUCCAGCGAGUUUGAGAGCUAUGAUGAGCAGUCUGACUCAGAGAAAGUGCCUGGCCGCAGCAAGCUCUCGCCUCGUGUGCGUCGCCUUCGGGAGCAAUAUGCCAGGACCAAGAAGGAGCUAGCUAUGAAGCUAGGGAGCAAACAUCAGGUGCACCAGCUGAUGAGAGCAGCUCGUAGUGGAACUAAAGAUGGCCUGGAGAAGACGAAGAAGGCCGUUAUGAGAAAAGUCUCCUUUCUCCAGAAAAAGGAACACUCAGAUGAAGCCGAGGACGAUGCAGGCUAUCUGGAUGUGACUUUAUCUGAGACCAAACACCCUCCUGCCCAGCUGGGCCCCAUGCCAGAAGGACUUAGCAGUCACCAGAUUGUUCGGCGUCACAUUCUGAGCUCCAUUGUGCAAAGUGAAAGAAGUUAUCUGGAUUCUCUUAAAAGAAUACUUCAGGAAUACCAGCGACCCUUGUUGGAGGCCUCACCCUGCAUCCUGAGCCCCAGAAAGAUCAGACCUAUUUUCUUCCGUGUGCGGGAGAUCACUCAGUGCCAUUCCAUGUUCCAGAUUGCUCUAGCCUCCCGUGUGGCAGAAUGGGAUGUUAGCGAAAAGAUCGGCGACCUCUUCGUAGCCUCGUUCUCCAAGUCUAUGGUGCUGGAUGUGUACAGCGAUUACGUCAACAACUUUACUAACGCCAUGGCUCUCAUCAAGAAAGCCUGUUUAUCCAAACCAGCCUUCCUCGACUUUCUUAAGAAGAAACAGUCGUCUAGUGUUGAUCGGAUCACUUUGUAUGGUCUGAUGGUGAAGCCCAUUCAGCGUUUUCCUCAGUUUAUUCUGCUUCUGCAGGACAUGCUGAAGAACACUCCGAAAGGCCACGUGGACCGGCUGCACCUGCAGAUGGCUCUUACCGAGCUGGAAUCUCUGGCCGAGAAGUUGAAUGAACAGAAACGAGUGGCAGAUCAGAUCACAGAGACCCAACAGCUCGUUCGCAGCAUCAGUGACCGCUCACUCAGCAAAGCACUGAAUUCGGAUCAGAGCUUUUUAAUCCUGUGUGAGACGCUGACUGAGACGGUGUAUGGAGAACGUGGCCAGGUCCUGAAGUCCAGGGAGCGCAAAGUCUUCCUUUUUAACCACAUGCUUGUCUGUGCCAACGUCAAUAUAAAGGGUCCUCCAGAUCUUACCAAUCUGGUUCCAGUAGGACCCAAAUACACUAUGAAGUGGAGCGCCCCCUUAAUGCAGAUCCAGGCUGUGGAGGUUGGCCAGGAUCCACAUUUCCAACAGGGUGGAAUGAAAAUGUCAGGCGGCGCUUCGGGUUCGGGGAAGGUGAUACUGGGUCCUCCUCGACUAUAUCAAGAGCUUCAGGAACUGCAACAUGACCUUUCUGUAGUGGAGCAGGUUACAACAUUGGUGGGCACCUUACAGGGCACAUACCAGAAUCUGAACAGCACAGUUGCUCAGGACUGGUGUUUGGCCCUGCAGAGAUUUAUUUGCAUAAAAGAGGACCAAAUCCAGAGUGCCAACAAGUGUCGUCUUCGGCUUCAAGUCCCUGGCAGACCAGACAAGUCGGGCCAUCCAGUCAGCUUCAUGGUGGUGUUCAACACUCCAAGUCCUCUAAGCAAGAUCUCCUGGGUCAACCGUCUUCAUCUGGCCAAGAUAGCGCAAAAGGAAGAGAACACGCCAGGCUGGAUCUGUGCAGAGGAUGAUGAGAGAACAAAGACUCCAUUCUGGUGUCCACUGCUGGCCUGGCGUACGCCUAUUUUCACCUCAAAAGCUCAGGACUGUAAGCUAAAAGUUGCUCUGCAUAAUCCAGUUCAGUGCACCCUGCUGGGCUUCUCUGCUGCAAGUACAUCUCUCCCUCAAGGCUACCUCUGGGUAGCAGGUGGACAGGACACACAGGGUUACGUGGAGAUUUUUUCCCUGAACCGAACCCCCCCACGUUCAGUAAAGAGUUUCCAGCUAGCAGCUCCGGUGCACUGUUUAGAGUUUGUGCCUGAACCCACUCAUUCUGAUCAAGCCAUGUCUGGCUCUAAUAACACAGGCGUCACUGGAAACACCGUCUGUGUAGGACUGGGGGACGGAAGCAUUCUAAUCUAUGGGAGCAUGGACACGUCCACCCAGUGUCUCCUGACCCUGCGAAACGCUCAAGGCUCCUCUGUCCUGUGUCUCAAACAUGCCGCUAACAUGCUGUUCGCCGGACUGUGCGACGGCACGGUACUCGUCUACGAGAGAUCGCCUGGAGGAGGCUUGUGGAAUCCCGACUGUCGAAUAAUCAAGCUGGGUCAGCAGCCGGUUCAGACCUUACUAGCCCUAGAGGACUCUGUAUGGGCCAGCUGUGGCAACCGUGUCUCUGUUAUCAACGUCUCUACCCUGUCCACUCGGAUGUUUGAGGUGCACCAGGACCCAACGGUACAUGUUUCCCACAUGGUACGAGCAGGUGGAGGGGUGUGGAUGGCUUUCUCUAAGGGUUCCUGCAUACGCUUGUUUCACACAGAGACACUGGAGCACCUACAAGAGAUCAACCUCUCCACACGCUCUUCACUGAACAACUCCGCUCAAGUAAACAUGUGGGUCACCAGUCUGCUGGUUUGCCAGGGGUUGUUGUGGGUGGGCACCGCUCAGGGCAUCAUCAUCACUCUGCCUGUCCCCAAGCUGGAGGGCAUCCCAAAAAUAACAGGUAAGGGAAUGACCUCUGUGAAUGCUCAUCAUGGUCCUGUGGAUUUCCUGGUGGCCCUCAGCAGCACACUGUCCCCAGAUCUUCUCAAGCGAGACUCGGUUGUAGAGGCGCCCGACUCAGCCUGCGGAGGGGACGAGCGAAGCGACACUUCCUCCCAGGACUCUCUUCCACAGUGCGGCACGUCUUCAUUCGGGGAGGUCAAGGAAAGGUCACAGAGCAUGCUGCUUCAGUACCGCAUCCGUUCCACCACCGCUUUACCUGGACGGCGGCUGACCACUCGGUGUGAUGAGAACUCAGAUUCAUCAUUGGAGUCUUUGGAACACAGUCUUGAAGAUGGCUCAAUCUACGAGCUAAGCGACGACCCAGACAUGUGGGUCAAGGGUCGACCGAUUGCAAGGGAAGGUUCAAAGAGGGACUUGGUGACAUCUGCGGCAGUCAUCUCUGGAGGAAAGGGAUUUAGGAGACUUAGGGAGGGAGGAUUGAAGGGUGUGGUAGAAUCAAACGAGAGUACCCUGAUGGUUUGGCAACUGCCCCUUAGGGUCUAGAAUUUAACAGAUGGAAUUUAAAUCCAUCUACUACUGGGAGCUACUGGGAGGUGGGAGACAUUGGGUGUCUGUCAAGAUUAAAUUCUGCUGUUUCAUACAACACGUCUAAAGUGGGUCUACUGAACUAAAUAUUAUCAUUUUUUAUUAUUAUUAAACUGAAAUAUUGACAAGUUAACACAGUAACCUGCCAUUAAUGUAAAAUUUUGUGAAACUUAUUAAAACUUUGAUAAAUAAA